UCCAUCCACCACUUCGUUUUUGCUUCUUGCGUCCAGCUUUGAUAUGCCGGUCAUACCAUCAUUCGUCUUUUCACGAGCUACUGAAUCCAACGAGAACAACGCGUAUGGUUAUAUCCCUACUCUCUGGAUUUGUGCUCUUUUUGUUUCAUUAUACGGACUAUCUACUCUGAUUCAUACCGGACAAGCUAUCUAUUACCGGCUAUGGUGGCUUUUCCCGACUGCGGUGCUUGCUGGUCUUGGCGAGAUCCUAGGAUGGUCUGCCAGGCUAUGGAGUAGCAAGAAUGUGGAUGCCGCUAAUCCCUUCUUGAUACAGAUAUCGACAACUAUUAUCAGCCCAACGCCUCUAGUCGCUGCGAACUUUAUCAUCCUUGGCAAGGUUAUUGCCCUCUUGGGCCCGCAAUACAGUCGCUUAACACCCAGGUGGUACACGACUGUGUUCCUUACUUGCGACAUCGUGGCUCUCGUCGUACAAGCGUAUGGUGGUGGAACUGCCACUGGCACUCAUCCCGUCCUCGGAGGCAAUAUCAUGCUCGGAGGCAUUGUUUUCCAGCUAGUCGCCAUCACGAUCUACACCCUCCUUGCCGCCGAGUUCCUAUUGAGAGUCCUGAGGGAUAGGCCGAUUCGGGCAGCCCCGCCCGUACCCGUCGUGCUCGAAAAGUUGCCUUCGGAUAGCAGUGUUCGAGGGUUCCUGCCGACCGUACAGCAGCCGAAGCUUUAUGGAAAGCUGCGUUUGAUGGUAAUUGGCCUGUGCAUCAGUACUGUGGUUAUCUACAUCCGAUCUAUAUACCGCACGAUAGAGCUCUCAGACGGUUGGAACGGACGUGUUAUCCACACUCAAGUAUACUUCAAUGUUUUGGACGGCGCCAUGAUCACGAUUGCUAUGUUUACCUUGAACUUUUUCCAUCCCGGGCGGCUACUCUCAGGCGGUCACACGGCAAUUUUGAGUCCCCCAGAGACGCCAAAAUACAACUGACGGAGCUUACGACUCAUGUACGGUCUUACCUUUAGAAUACUCAUCGCAAUGGACGAUUAUAUCAAUACGUGGAUCACGUAUACUCAUAGCCGAGCAUCGAUCAGUAGCAUUGAUAACUCUUGAGUGAAAGG